AUGAUUUAUCAGUUCUAGUGUAUUAGAAAACAUCUAAUAUUUGAUAAAUAAUACUUAUUAACCUAUGAUGGUUCAAGUAUUUUUAUUGGAGAAGUAUGUAUUAAAACUAUAAAAACAAAGACAAAGGCAAAACCUAAAUAUGAACUAGAAGUAUCUCUAAAAUCUACAAUAACAUUUCACAUAGAAGAAGAUUAUUAUGGUUUUUCAAUUCCAUACUAGGGAUAAUAAAAACUGUUUAGAGCUAAUGGGAAUUAAAUAAGAGAAUUAAAGAAAUUGAUUGAUGCCAAGAUAAUUUAUCUUGAUAUGAAUGAAUUCUAUAUUCCUUAAUAAGUCUUAGGUAUUGGUGCUUUUUCAUAAGUAUAAUUAUUUUAAUGACUUUAGGUACAAAUAGUGUAAAAUUUGUAGACGAAAUAGUUAGUAGCUGCAAAAUUCCUGAACAAGAUUAGAGAAGGAAAGUCAAACUUAGAACGUAUGAAUGUAAAAUUAGAUCAUAAUUUGACUUGUAGGAUAUAAUAAAUGAAAUAUAAAUAUUGUACCGAUUAAAUCACCCAAAUAUUGUGAAAAUUAAAGAAAUAUAUGAUAAAACUAAUUAAAUAGUUAUCAUACAUGAAUAUGUGGAUGGUUAAACUUUAGAAAGAUUUAUUAAUGAACAUGGAACACAAUUAAAUUAAACUGAGAUAUAAUCAAUAAUGAGAGUAAAUAUUUAUAAUAAUAUUUCCAAGUAAAUAUUAUUAGCUGUUAUCUAUAUACAUGAAUAAGGUUUAUUACAUAGAGACAUUAAACCAGAUAACAUAAUGAUUGAUAAAAACUUGAAUAUAAAGUUAAUCGAUUUUGGCUUAGCGACAAAACAAGGUAGUCCGUUAUGCAUUCAAAAAUGUGGUACUCCUGGAUAUAUUGCACCUGAAAUUAUUUAUUCUUAAAAGCCUUAAUAUAAUAACAAGUGUGAUAUCUUUAGUCUAGGCGUUGUAUUUUAUAAACUGUAAUUUAAAUUCAUUAUAAAUUUAGAAUUACAUCUUAAGAUUUAUUUUAAUAAUCUUAAUUAGAUAAUUUGUAAUAUUGUUAUAAUGAAAAUAUACUUUCAUUAAACCAUCUCAUUGAAUAUCAUAUUUCAGAUUCAUGCUUUGAUUUAUUAUCUAGUAUGCUAUCUUAUGACAAAAAUAAAAGAAUAAAUGCCAAACAGUCUUUACAACAUAAUUAUUUUAAAGAAAGUCUAAGACCAUCAGUCAAAAAAACUUAAGUUUUACUUUAACAAUCUACUUAAUUCGUUUAAUAAUAAUCAACUAUGUUCUAAUCAUAAUUAUCAGAAGGAACUAGAAAGUAACCCAGAAAAAUAAGUGAUAAAACAAACAAUCGAUCGUAUUUAUUUUCAUUUAUUUAGUUCCUCCUACAAAAAAUCGAUUAAAUCUGAUAGUUCUAUAUGAUGAUCUACACUUUCAAUAUGAUAUUCACUCGAG